UUGUUUUACUGUGUUUCAGAGACCAGGGUACUUUUGGGUAAAUUUUUUAGAGUGACAUUUUACUGUUUUGUAAAUCUUCAUCACUAUACUCACUGUGGAAUUGAUGACAUAUCUUGACGUUUGCAAAGUAAAGCAGACUUGCACCAUGGUUCAAGCGAAAGACAAAAAUUUGUUCAGUCCACGAAUCGUUGGUGGUGACAUGUGCGAGUACGAAAAGUACCCAUUCGCCGUCGCAAUUUUCACUAAUGUGGUGUGCGGAGGCACCAUAAUUUCUAAACAGUGGGUCUUAACAGCGGCCCAUUGCAUCAAAUUUCGAUACAUCCACAGCGGCAGAACCCUGUUAAGAACUGGUUUCAGUUAUAAUCAAGAACUUGUUCAAAGAAGAUUCGCCAUAAAAGCAAUAUGUCACGAAAAGUUUAACAUAUACCUUAUGGGAGACGUCGAAUCCCCUGAACUACGCUACGACAUCGCACUUAUCCUAAGUAACAAACCGUUUAAAGAAAACAAGUAUCUGCAGAGAGCCUUACUUCCUGAGCCAGGAUUUACUAACAAAUGCGCCGAAGCGAUAGCGGUAGGUGUAGGACAUACAGAACCCCGUGCCGCAACACCCAAAAAUCCCGUGGGAUUGACCACACAACAAAAAAAAAAACUUUACAACAGGACGCUACGCUGUGUAGAAUUGCCGAUUGUUGAUCUGGAAACUUGUAGAGAAACUUGGCCGACUUCGGUACUGGACUCGACAAUUAUUUGCACAAGAGUAGAGGAAGGUGGACGAGACGCUUGUGGUGGGGACUCAGGAGGAGGAUUGUUUUACGAGAAGACGGUCAUCGGAAUUAUUUCAUCAGGUCGGGGGUGUGCUAUGCCCAAACUGGCUGCUACGUAUACUAAGGUCGAAUCUUAUUUAGAUUUCAUAGAGUAUACUAUGAAGAGAAACGCUGCCAGUCAAGUAAUCCGGCUUUGGGCGAGGGAGUUAUUACUUGCAAUUAGCGCGAAAAUAGUUUUUUAUUGUAUAUACAAAUAGCGGUACAAU